AAUGAGUGUAUCAGAAAUGAAUGUAUCAUGUUUGUAGAAUUGUGUGUUGAAUUUUAAGAAACCCCUGCACAGAAGGGCAUAGGAAAGAAAAACAAAGAUCUCUAAAGCUUCUUGCAAAGGACAAAUACCGGAAAGGACAAAGAAUGCUAAGACCCCCAGACGAGGAAGCCCUAUGUCGCCAGCAUGUCAAAAAUUAUGAACUUAUCCAGAUAAGAGAGCAAAGGACCAAAAGCGCAAGCGCAGAGGAGGAGAGUUCAAAAGUUCAAUGCUGAGGAAGACUAAGAUAUAAAUAAAAAGACCACCAGGGACCCCCAUAAGAAACCCUCACAAAGAACUACGCGUGCUCAGAAGGGCGUGGACCUAUUUAGCAUGAGAACCGAAGACAGGCGGGGCCAGGGGUUGAAUAUGCAUAGAAAAAUUGUGUAAUGUAUUGCAUAUGUAACACCUUUGUGAAUAAAUUCGGGGGGCAGACUUCAGCUCGGGGCACAAGAUUUCGGAGAGUUAUCUCACUUGUGCCGAGCGCUCCCAUACAUACCCACUUCAUAACUACCUCGAGUUGUGGAGUCUAUUUAUUUAGUCCGAAUAUCGCUUCAUUUGGCGACCGCGGCAGGACUUCUCUGCUCACCUGUGGGUUCGGUGGAGGGCAGACACCCUCAGGCGCCGCGGGGCACUUUCCCCGGAGGGAUUCUGGACCUCGGCUGUACACUACAGGGAGCAGAGCACGGCCCGUCGAUAAGCGGACCAAAAGUGUCUCUUACAGAGAGAGCCCUGGAACCACAGUGGGAGGGACCAUACCAAGUACUCCUUACUACCUUCACUGCAAUCAAGAUUAAGGAACAAAGCGCCUGGAUCCACCACAGUCGGGUUAAGAAAGCUCCAGAAGCCACUUGGAAGAUAACACCGGGUGAUGGUGAACUAAAACUAAAAUUUACUCGAACAAAAUGAAUAUGUCAUGGUGGGUGGGGACUUUUACUGAAAUAUUGUUUACAAUCCUAGCUGCAUUCCAACAAUUAGAAGGUAAACCUAGUCAGAACGACGUUAAAUGGCCUUGGUCCCAAGCCUUUACUCAAUACACUGGAUCCAUGGGGAAAAUUUCCGAUUUAGGAGGUUUAAAUCUAACAACUCUGGUCAUACACAGUAAUCAAAUAUAUACCCAACAAGAGUGGCAAAACCAGGGUUUGUGGUCACUCCAAGGGACCAUAGGAGAAGUAAUUGAAAUAGGGUGUCGAAUGAUUAAUGGGACUACCCACAACAAAGUGACUCAAAUCAGUGUGAAUGAUCGCCAGAAGAUUUGCAAUCAUCCAAGUGAAUUAGACUGUUGGUGCAAAUUCAAAUUAGAACAAACUAGUAAAGUGGUUUGCCUCUGGGCCCGUGACACUAUUGGGCUGUCCUUUAAAUUUAUAAUAAAUGCUAUAGCCAAACCAGCUACAACCCACUCCAGCACUCAAGCGCAAACCCAAAAUACACCAUCCAAUCUUGAACCUAGAGUUUAUGAAAUCGGGCCAUAUGUUAUAAGGAAUACGGGCCAACAAAAACUGUUAUUUAACCCAGAAUGGUCCCUUAAACGCAUUGAACUGUUAAUGCAAAUUAAUAUCUCGACAGUUCAGCCAGCCUGCUCCCCUUUCCUAAGGUCGUCCUUCGAAGGAUGGACAAAGUGGCUACAGAAACGAGUACACCUCCGAGAUAGAAUGCAAAGGGAUUUGACUGGGAUCUUAGGGACCGGGUUAGGAGUUUUGAACGGGAUUGACUCUGAAAUAUUGAUGAAUAAAUUAGCUAUAGCAACUAGCGACCUAACAAAAUUAAAACAACCCUUACAGUCAUCUCUAUUAGCACUAGGAAAUAGUCAGUGGCAGGUUUCAAGAGUACUGCCAAAAUGGAGAAACUUUGAAGAUCAUGACCAUAGUUUACUGAUAGAUGCAUUAGGAGGAGCACAAGAGAACAUAUCUUUAGCCCUUAGCUGUAUACAAGCGCAAUUAUGGAUACAGUCAACAGCUGCUUUAAUCAUAAGGGAAGGAAGUGAAGGGGUGUUUCCAGUGGAAAUACGAAAAGUUGUCUGGGACAGUGCUACAGACUUUGAGAGAGACCUCCAGUCUUGGUGGACCAUGGUAAAUUUUACAUAUGAUCCCACCACUACCACAGCUACUGCCUUUGUGCUCACCGUUCGUAAUGCCACGGUUCACACUAUUCACCCCAUCAUUGCUCUAGGAUUAAGUCAUGAAAAGUCAGUACUCUACCCCUCAGAACACAGAGCAUGGGCCUGGAAAAACCAAGGGAAAUGGCAAACCAUCAACCUAGAGCCUUGCAUUGCUCGAGAACAACAAGGAUUAAUCUGUGAGAGUAAUCUGAUUAGUGCUCAAGACGUAUGCCUUGACACUGAUCAGGGCAUUUGCCACUUUGAAAUCCACCCAGACAACAACCAACAAACUAUACUAGUAUACAUAGGCGAUGGCUGUGUGUGUUUGAGAACUGUGUGUAACGUUAUAGAAAUUGAUAAAAACAAAGUCCCCUUGUCUAGUAAAAAUCAUUCAAAUUUCUGUAUUUGUAACUUCAUCAAGAUUACCGGGUGUGAUUUUAUAUACUCAGCACCAGUCGUAUCCCACCAGUUAAUGAAGUCAAACUACACAACCUACGAUGAAUUACCUCCCACAACUAUUGGGAUGAAUCUGACCCUAGUAAAACAAUUAAUGAAACAUCAAGAUCUAAUCAAAAUUAUAGAGGAGGUUCAUAAAAAUGGGCGGAGAACUCUGGUUACAGUCCAUCAUGACGUAACUGAAAUAAACAAAGUCCUGCAAAGAAUAAAACAAGACGGAAGUCAUAACUGGUGGGAUGCAUUGUUUGGGUGGUCACCGACUGCGACGGGCAUCAUGAACACUCUAUGUCACCCCAUUAUUGUCUUACUAAUAUUGGUUACCAUAAGUCUAAUAAUGUCUAUUUUAACACUUGUGUGGAAUUGGAAUAUGAUACAACGUGUACCCAUUCUAACUUCACUUUCUAGAACUCAUGGGAUCCUGAUAAAAGAAGACUAUCAUGAUAGUAAGCUAGGAAUGAGACCAGAACCCCUGUAGUAAAAGAAUUUACUAUGUUUUAAGAAAAGGGGGGACUGAAACAAAAGAUUUUCCAGAGAUCACUUAAACUAA